AUGACGACCACGCAACGCGCAAUUGACCGCCACGUAGGGAAUGCAAAAGACUCUGCUCCUUGCGACCCUGGAUCCACCAAUUGCUCUGCUGAAGCCGCUGCAGCGCCCGCACCAACCACGUCCCACUCCACUGAUCCCGCUCCGUGGUCACUCGAUUACGCCGUAGCCGCCGCCUACAACUUGCGACUCACUUACAACUUACCAAAGAUCACCCCAACGAGCGACGACACUUCUCCCAUUUCUCUGCAGGAGUUUGAAGCUCUUGUUGCAUAUCUCCAAUUACGCCGUAUACGCACAACCACCGAAAUGAAGGCUAUGAAGAGCAUGAACGUGGGCCGCAUGAUGGGCUCGUUGAAGCGCAAACCCAAAGACAAUGACCCCCCGAGUGCAGCACCCGUGCUAGAAAAUGGACUGGAUACGCCAGAAGCCAACGCAGUCAAAAAUGCGCGACUAUUCUGCGAGUCUGGAGGCCCAAAUGGCUCAGGCGAAGAAGUGCUGUUCCUGCCAUCAAUUGUCGAAGCAUGCGAAUCCUCUCCCGGCGCUGCGAAAGAGGCAGCAUACACGAUCCGCAAAUUCCUCUCCAAAGACAACUUCGCCAGACCGCACGUUCAGUACAAUGCUAUCAUGUUGAUUCGGAUUCUCUCAGACAACCCAGGGAGGACGUUUACGAGAAACAUGGACUCCAAAUUUGUUCAAACGGUUAAAGAAUUACUACGCGUGGGGAGGGAUCCAAGUGUCAAGCAGAUAUUGAUGGAAACAUUAGACACUUUUCAACGGGAAAAGGCGAACGACGAAGGCUGCGCUAUGCUGAAUGAGAUGUGGAAGAAAGAACACGAAAGGAUAGAAAAAAUCCUUGGCCCAGUUGGAUCGCGACCAGUGCCGUCGGUUGCGAACGCCCACAGCCAGAACUACUUUGCACGAAACCACCAUACCAAACGCCUUCCGCCUCCGCACGAGCUGUCAUCACGUAUCGAAGAAGCCCGUACGUCCGCCCAGUUGCUUUCCCAAACUGUACAAAGCACUCCGCCCUCGGAGCUGCUACACAAUGAACUUGUGCGCGAAUUCGCCGACCGAUGCCAGAGCGCGAGCAGAAGCGUACAGGCAUAUAUGAUAUCAGAAAAUCCUGCGCCGGAUAACGACACAAUGUUGACCCUGAUUGAGACAAAUGAACAACUGAACAACUCUAUGAAUCAACAUCAACGGGCUGUUCUAUCAGCAAGGAAGGCGAUGGGUCUUGGGAACGGCCAGACACCACCACCACGAACCGAUUCUGGGUUUGCGCCUCCGCCUGGUCCACCACCCCCUCGUACCGAUUCUGGGUUCGCCGCUCCACCAGGACCACCACCACCACGUACCGAACCAGCCAAAAAGAACUUCCCAGAAGUACCUCCACCUGGUGAUUUUGCACCUACCGGGCUACCGGAUGAUUCUGAAGAUCCAUUCGCAGACCCGAAAGAAAGUAAAGUCUCGAGCCAAAACCCCCCGUUUCCCAAAGAUCAGCCACCCAAGCUUACUGGUCAAUUCAAUGACCAGUUAGGUGUGGAACCGUACCAUCCAGGAUUCAAGGAAACACCAAGUUAUACGGGACGUCAAGACAGUUCUCUUGGGAAUACUACAAUGCAUGCUGCCAUAAUUGAGCGAAGGGACUCACCAGAGCCUCGAGAUACGACUGUUUCUGAUGGUUAUGGCGUCCAGCCCAAGACAAAAGCCCCAACGUACAAAUAUUAA